AUGUACUUAAAUUGGAGUUUGUACUUUGCAACACAGGGACUAAAGUUUCAAGAUCACUCCUUGCUUCGGCUCUCAGUGUCUUUUCAUCAAUUAAUAUCUCUUGUAGCAUCUGCAUUCUUUUCCUCUUAUGGCACAAGAGCUGUUGGUUUUCUUUCUAUAGCUGAUGUUAAUCUCUACUAUAGCCUUAUAGGGUUUAGUUUAGAGCUUAAAACUUCGCUUUCAAAUAUUUCAAAAAAGCUAGAGGGCGCUCCUAAGAACUGGUCUAGCUUCUGGUAUCUUUUGAGAGCCAUCGGCGUCAAAGCGCCUGCAAGAUUAUUGGUGUGGGGUGACUUUGGGAUGGCAGAGAGGAGAACCAGCAACGGAGGAGAAGUUGUUAUCGAUGUUUCAGAUAAAGAAGGGUCAAAAGAUCCAGCACCAUCUCCAUCUUCCAAGGUAGCGGCUUCACCAAAUUCAGAUACGGAGACAGCGAAACUAGAGCCGUUAAGCAUUCCACCUCCUGAAAUCUAUAAGUUCUCUGGUAGCGUUCAUAAGCCGCCGAAAAUCCCAAGUCCUAUCACUGAAGGUCUAACUCGGAGGAGAUCUCUUUCGAGGUCAGUUUACUCCAAGUCCAACUCAAGGUUUGGGCAACAACCGUCUUAUCGGUAUGAUAAGAGUACUAUAGUAGAGGAAAAUGGUGGAACCCUUAAAGAACAUUUUGGUGCUGCUUCAUUUGCAAGGACCUCGUUUAACAGAGCCUCCCCAAGUAACAAAUCGAAUAGGAGUGUUGGCUCGGCAGCUCUGAGUAAAGUUGCUGAGGAGGAAACGGAGGAACCGGAUGAAAAUGAAGAAAUCUACAGAAAGGUUAAGCUACACCGAGUGAAACGUAGUGGGAUUAGGCUUCUGACUCUGAUUGAGUUGUUAGUAUUUGUGGCCAUUUUGUGCACUUUGAUUGUGAGUUUAACCAUUGAUACGGUGAAGAAGCAUCUCAUUUGGGGUUUGGAGGUCUGGAAAUGGUCCGUGCUUGUGAUGGUGACGCUUAGCGGCAUGUUCGUGACGAACUGGUUCAUGCAUUUAGCGGUGUUCAUCAUUGAGAGGAACUAUCUCCUACGGAAGAAAGUGUUGUACUUUGUCCAUGGUUUGAAGAAGAAUGUUCAAGUCUUCAUUUGGUUCAGCCUGGUUCUUGUUGCUUGGGUAUUUCUGUUUGAAGAUGACGAUAAGCGCUCUCGUAAGACCAGGAAGUUUCUCGACUUUAUAACGUGGACUAUCGUCACCCUUCUCGUGGGUUCAGUCAUUUUCUUGGUGAAGACAUUUGCCUUAAAAGUCCUUGCAUCGAAGUUCAACGUCAGAAACUUCUUUGAGAGAAUUCAAGAGUCUGUCUUCCACCAAUACGUUCUUCAGACGCUCUCUGGACCUCCGCUUAUAGAGGAGGCAGAGAGUGUUGGGCGCGAACCAAGCACGGGCCACCUUAGUUUCACGAGCACCAAGAAUGAUGGAACGGUGAGAGGGAAGAAAGUGCUCGACAUGGGGAAGGUUCACAAGAUGAAACAAGAGAAGGUCUCUGCUUGGACAAUGCGAGUUUUGAUUGAAGCCGUGGGAGCUUCGGGUCUCUCAACUAUAUCAAACACUUUAGAUGAGUGUAGCCAUGGGAAAGACAGAACUGAUAAAGAGAUAACUAAUGAUAUGGAAGCUGUGGCUGCUGCUUAUGAUAUCUUCAACAAUGUUGCUCAGCCAAAUUCCUGUUACAUAGAGGAAGAUGACUUGCUACGGUUCAUGAUAAAAGAAGAGGUAGACCUUGUGCUCCCAUUAAUAGAAGGUGGCGAGACCGGCAAAAUCACACGCAAUGCUUUUACAGAAUGGGUGAUUACAAUUUACACAAGUCGGAAAGCAUUAGGACAUUCACUGAACGACACAAAAACAGCGGUUAAGCAGGUGGACAAGCUUCUAACGGGAGUCUUGACCAUUGUCACCUUCAUCAUUUGGUUGGUACUUCUGAAUAUAGCAACGACCAAGUUUUUGGUGAUCUUCUCCUCCCAAUUUGUGGGUCUUGCUUUCAUGAUCGGAAGCACUUGCAAGAAUAUCUUCGAGUCCUUUGUGUUUGUCUUCGUGAUGCACCCUUAUGACGUCGGUGAUCGUUGCGUUGUCGACGGUGUAAUGCUGCUGGUUGAAGAAAUACAUCUUUUAACUACCGUGUUCCUCAAGAUUGACAACGAGAAAGUGUUCUAUCCAAAUUCGACAUUGAUAUCGAAACCGAUAAGCAAUUACUACAGAAGUCCAGAUAUGGGAGACUCAGUAGAAUUCUCCAUCGCAUUCUCAACACCGGCGGCGAAAAUCUCCACUCUCAAGGAAAAAAUCACAGAAUAUUUGGUGCAGAACCCACAAAACUGGUAUCCAGAACCAAUGUUGAUGGUGAAGGCGAUUGAGAAUGUGAACAAGCUGAAUUUGAAUCUGCUCUUCAUACACACAAUGAACUUUCAAAAUUUCGGAGAGAAGAACCUCAGGAGAACCGGGCUGGUCAUCGCUCUGAAGGGAAUCCUUGAGGAGCUUGAGAUCGAUUACAGCCUCCUUCCUCAAGCAGUUCAUCUCACUGGUCACAAAUGAUCAUUUCCUUCUUUCCUUUUGCAUUUACAGUAUUCCACUAGUACGUACUUGUUAUAACAUGAUUUGCUUCGCUUUAAUUAAACGUAGAAAUCUGAUCGGUUUACGUUUUUUCGGUUGUAUCCCUUUUUUUGGAACCCAAUCACUCGUUAACUUUAUUAUCAAAAACUUGGGAGGUGUUAUUGGUUCUUGUAUUUUAAUGGAUUUGAGAAUCCAAACUAAAUUCAGUGUUAUUGGUUCUUAUAUUUUAAAAUUUAUAUUGAAAUACAG